CUGGGGCCCUGGACUUAGACCCAAGGGCGAGACACCCUGGGCCUGACUGGUGGGAGAGAAGACGUAAGGUGAAGGGGGUUGGCAACCAAGACGCGGGACCCCACUUGCAGUACCCCCCGCCCGCGGCCGGCGUCGCCCACCCGUAGCCGCUGGCCGGUCAAUGGCACCACCUAGCGGACGGCACCAGAGCGGCCCGCAGGGGCGGCGCGGGGACCCCAGCCUCGAGGAGGCGCUCGUGCCGGGCGGAGGUGGCGCUUCAGCACCGUCGUGGGCCGGACAGCGCCUCUCGCCCCCGGCCCUCGAAACCCAGCUUCGGAGCCCCGCCGUAGGGACCGGACGGAAGAGACCGAAGGAACGGCGAACCUCCCCGGACCACUCCUGACAGUUCCCGGCGCCCGGGAGCUCUUCGCCGCCCGCUCGCGGUCGCAGAAGCUGCCCCAGCGCUCGCAUGGCCCCAAGGACUUUCUGCCCGACGGCUCGGCGGCUCAGGCCGAGCGGCUGCGCCGAUGCCGGGAAGAGCUCUGGCAGCUGCUGGCCGAGCAGCGCGUGGAGCGCCUGGGCAGCUUGGUGGCUGCCGAGUGGAGGCCGGAAGAGGGCUUCGUGGAGCUGAAGUCUCCUGCGGGCAAGUUCUGGCAGACCAUGGGCUUUUCAGAGCAGGGUCGGCAGCGGCUUCACCCGGAAGAGGCCUUGUAUCUGCUGGAGUGUGGCUCCAUCCACCUCUUCCACCAAGACCUGCCACUGUCUAUCCAGGAAGCUUACCAGCUGCUGCUGACGGACGACACUGUGACCUUCCUGCAGUACCAGGUCUUCAGCCACCUGAAGAGGUUGGGUUAUGUGGUUCGACGAUUCCAACCAAGCUCUGUCCUGUCCCCGUAUGAGAGGCAGCUUAACCUGGAUGCCAGCGUGCAGCACUUGGAGGAUGGAGAUGGCAAGAGAAAGAGGAGCAGCUCCAGCCCUUGGUCCAUUAAUAAGAAGGCCAAGGCCCUGGACAACUCCCUGCAACCCAAGAGUCUGGCAGCCUCCAGCCCACCUCCCUGCAGCCAGCCCAGCCAAUGCCCAGAGGAGAAACCCCAGGAGUCAAGCCCCAUAAAGGGCCCAGGGGGCCCCUUUAAGCUUCUGGGGUCCCUGGGGCCCAGCCCUGGCCCGGCCAGGGAGGGGGUGGGGUGCAGCUGGGAGAGUGGCAGAGCCGAGAACGGAGUCACGGGGGCCGGUAAGCGGCGCUGGAACUUCGAGCAGAUCUCCUUCCCCAACAUGGCUUCAGACAGCCGCCACACCCUCCUGCGCGCCCCAGCCCCAGAACUGCUCCCGGCCAACGUGGCUGGGCGGGAGACAGAUGCUGAGUCCUGGUGCCAGAAGCUGAACCAGCGCAAGGAGAAGCUCUCGAGGCGGGAACGGGAGCACCACGUGGAGGCCGCGCGGUUCCGGGAAGAUGUCAACGCUGAUCCCGAGGUGCAGAGCUGUUCCAGCUGGCGGGAGUACAAGGAGCUGCUGCAGCGGCGGCACCUGCAGAGGAGCCAGAGCCGGGCCCCUCACCUGUGGGGCCAGUCCGUCACCCCCCUGCUGAGUCCCGGCCAGGCCAGCUCCCCAGCUGUGGUCCUUCAGCAUAUUUCUGUGCUGCAGACAACACACCUUGCUGAUGGAGGUGCCCAGCUGCUGGAGAAGUCUGGGGGCUUGGAAAUCAGCUUUGAUGUUUACCAGGCUGACGCUGUGGCCACAUUCCGAAAGAAUAACCCUGGCAAACCCUAUGCCCGGAUGUGUAUUAGUGGAUUUGAUGAGCCUGUCCCAGACCUCUGCAGCCUCAAGCGGUUGUCUUACCAGAGUGGGGAUGUCCCUCUGAUCUUUGCUCUGGUGGAUCAUGGUGACAUCUCCUUCUACAGCUUCAGGGACUUCACGUUGCCCCAGGAUGUAGAGCACUGACCUCACAGCUCUGCAGGGGAUAGAGCUCGCUCCAGGGGACCGGGACUGUCUGUUCUCAGGGACCAUCUCGGCUGCCUCCUGUACCGACUCUAACCUGUAGCUUCAGGGGCCAGUAUGGGCCUUGGCCCUGAGUGUCUGAUACUCACAGAGUAAAACUGUGACCCUCUCCCCUUCCCUGCUGCCUUGCAGUGACCCCUCUGGAACUCAGGACUCGAUUUUAAGGACCCAGGAGGUGGGGCAGAAGAGAGGACUCUGUGCCUUUAACGAGAGGGUGCCUGCUUCGUGCCAUAAAGCCAAAGCCAUUAAAAAUAGAUUUCUUUUCUGC